UGGUAAACAAAGCAGUUCGCAGAAAAGCGCAGCAAAGCAACGUCCAUCGAAGAAAGAAACAACGCAAAAAGUAUGAUUUGCCAGUCCCGCAUGGCCAAUCGCGACAGUGCAACGGGACAAGAAAAGAAUUAAGCAAAAGUAGCCAAAGCUCGCCACGAUUGAAGUGCGUACGCAACCGUACGCUUUGCUAAUUACGUAAAUAUAAUAAUAAGUUUAAUAACGCACGGGGACACGCAGGGCGCUGGUGCGAGGUGGCGAGAGAUGGUCGAUACAUACAAACGCAAAUUGAGUGCAUUUCGAAAGAGGUGUGAGUAAACAGUGGUGAGCAAAAAGUGAUACACGGGAUUGGUGCUUUGUGGUGAAACUUCCCCAAGGGAUAUUUUCUCGCAAAACAAAUAUCCACAUUUUGUCCACUUUUCCGUAGAGUGGUUGGCGUGAAAAAACGCCCGGAAUUGUCGGUGGAGGUUUUGACAGAUCGCGCAUGGUGCUCUGUUGUGUUUAGUGAGCGAACAGCUGGUGGUAAAGAGAACGUACGGUACGGUGUGCGCGGGUGUCUGAGAGCGUGAACAAAGAAAUCGCCAUACGCAGCGGGCGCAGAACAGAGAGGGCCUGAACCACGCUCCAUUGCUCCAUGCAGGGCGGAGCGAGAACGAAACGGAAGAGAAUCGAAGGAACCAACACACAUGCAAGCAGGGCUAGCAGCAGCACCAGCAGCAGCAUCGCAGGCAGAUCACAGUAACCAGCCGUUAGAAGCACAGUCUCUCCGCUGGUGAUCCCGACGUUCAUUGCUGCCGCCGCCGCCGCUGAUUCGGGGCAGCCUUUGUAGCCGUAGCCUGGGGUGUGUGUGUUAUUAAAAUUGCAACGUUCCAUAGAUCAGCCACACUAGCCGACUGGGAACGGACAGGACAACCCUUCCCCUGCAUUCAAAAGUGAUCCAUACUUCCGCACACACACACACACACCCGCACCGUCGUAGGUAAAACUGCGAAGAUAAGGAAGCGAUUGAACGAACUUCCAGCACAAACUUGUCGAUACAAGUUGCGAACGGAAACCUUCCCCUAAAGCCACCCUCCACGGGUCAGGAGCACAAGCAAACGAAGAAGAAGAAGAAGUGAUCUCAUCGCGAGAAGUGUUCGUACUCCGUGCUUAUUCCAUAGUGUUGUAUGGUGGUGUCCCUUUGUUGGAAUAGCAUUAGUUUCUGUGUUAGCGUUAGCUCUGUGGUGGUGUGGUGGUGUACCCCUGUUUUUCUAGUUUCUGUGACUAAAGCGUAGCGCUAGUGGGGAGCAGGCAUUUUAAAUCGCGCCCGGAAAGAGUACGCAGCACCUGCAGAAAUAGCUGGACAUUGACACGACGCAGAAAUCGGGAGGAAAGGAGGGCACACACGCGGGCAGCCGAUAACAACACUCCACACACGCCCCACACACGAAACGUGUUCUAGCGUGUUCAACGUGUCCCCAGGAGUGACGAAUUGCUUUGCCCUACCACGGUUUUGGGAGGACCGUAGUUCGCAGAGUGGCGCGCAGUUUUUUGUUGCGGUUUUCCCCCCUCCCCCAGCGGCGGCUUGCGCCUUGCUGAUCAACCCAGUCGUCGAUCGUAUUUCCGUCAUCUGAUAGCCGGAUCGGCGGCGGAUCAGCCACGGACCAGCAGCAACAGCACCAUCGUCCGUAUCUUUCUGCGUCAUCAUGCCCUGGUAUGCGCCGUGGUCGGACGUGAUCAAGAAGAAGAUUUGCCGCUUUCUGCUCCAGCGCUAUCUGGGCCGGUUUCUGGAGGAGAAGCUGACGCUCGAUCAGCUGAACGUUGACUUUUACAAUGGCACCGGAACCGUGCACAACGUCACACUGUACUGCCAGGCCUUAAAUGAACUCUGCGAAGGGCAAGGAUGGGGCAUCGAGGUUACCGGGGGCCAUAUUGGCUCGGUGACGGUGAACGUUCCGUACGAAUCGCUCCUCGCCAAGGACAGCUCGAUCGAGGUGUCCAACCUAAUGAUAAGCCUGCGACCGAAGGCCCGCCCAACCGAUGGCACCUCGAUGCUGGAAUCGAUGUGGUCCUCAAUGUCCAGCUCGAUGCAGCUGGCACAGGAGUAUCUGGAACGGGAAAGUACCGGCGGAAGCAUAGCAGACGGCUACUCGACCCACAGUGGUCGAGGAGGAGGAGGAGGAGGAGGAGUCAGUGGCAGCGGUGCAUCUGGACAACAAUUACCCCCGAGUGCCAUGGAAGGGUUGGAAAACUUUGCACAAAUCAUUGACAACGUGCUAAAUAGGAUUAAGGCAAAACUGUUUGACACCGAAGUAAGAAUAGAGUAUCUGUCACCCGAGGGUGACCGAGGGGUAGCUGUGAUAGUGAAAAUCAAAAGUAUCGAUUACCAGAAUGAAGCUGGUAAUGAUCCGCCGGACCGUGCCCCCAAAACAUCGGCAUCGUCGUCGUCGUCCGGUUCGGAUGUGUCCGACCACACGGUCACAGGCGGCAGUGGGGGCGGCCGGCAGCAACAGCAAGAAAAAUCGUUCCUAAUUGCGACACACGCCACCCAUCACAUUACCAUCGAAGGCAUCACUUUCUACACCGAAGAGUUCCGGAUAGACAAUCCGCGCAUGCGUCGUCGCCAGCAGCAUUUCACGGGGGCGGCGGAUCCGUCGGUACCGGAGUAUGCUGCAAGCAUGAUCGACAGUGAACAGUUCCGUAGCACGAUCUCACACAUGUCGGAAGGUGGCAGCGGUUCGCCCCUCGGCGGUGGCAUCGAUGGGGAUGGAUACUUUAGCUAUAGCAACACAACAAGCGUAUGUGAUAAUAGUAGCCCUCCGAUUGGCCGUGACGCGGGGGCCGGGUUUUAUAGGCGUAGCAACAGCAGCGGCACGGAUCGGGAAACGGACCCGAGCGAAGAGGAAGAGGGCCCCGAGAGCAGCGAGGACGAGCUGGGCGAUUCGGGCCUGCGGAUGUAUCGCUCCGGCGAGAUUAUCGUCGGUAAGAUCACCUCCAAGCAGGAGAUCCGGCUAAAGAUGAAGCAGGCGGACAAUCUGCCCGGCCCGAACGUGGAGCUAGAAUUGUCGGUGGGCUCGAUUCAGCUGUUCCUGACACCGCGCCAGCUACACUCGCUGGUAUUGGUUUGUGAUAGUUUCUUGGGCGGGAACGAAGAGCCGCCACCUCUACAGUCGGCCGGGCCGAAAGCGUCCGGUGGCAAGCGACAGGAAGUGGCGUCCUCUGCAGCAGAGUUGGAGUAUCAGCAAAAUAUGACGCGCAUGGGCGGAGGAAUCGGCAUCAAUCAGGGCUGGUCGCUUGCCGAUCCGAUGCAGACGAUGAUCGAGGAGCAGGCCGAGUUUUUGCAGCGGGACGCAUACCGGGGCGACGACGGCGAGGAGUACUCGGAAUCAAUCGUUUCAUCCACUAGCUCGAUGACCAGCUCGUUCACGUCCAGCAGUACGGCGUCGAGGACGACGGCAACGUCGGCCGCCAGCCGGAGGCGCAUGAUCGAUCCCGACGCAAACGCUGACAUUUCCAAGUUCAAUGUGCGCGUGGCCGCCCUUGCAUUGGUUCUACUGCAUGAAGAUGUGCUGCUGGAAAGUAGCCAGCUAGAUACGAUGCAAUCGCCCCUCUCCGAAACGAGCGUGCAGCAGUUGCAGACGAAGGCUGAUCGGUUCUUCCGCUCCAUCGGUAACCUGGGCCUCGGGCUCGGCACUAACGACAUCAACAAUGCCGGACUCGUGCUGGACAGUGGCUGUGACUGUAACCAUCUGCGAUUGCUUCUUGCACCGCUCAUUCUGGAGGGCGAUGAGCAGCGGAAUCGCUGUGGAUCGUUGCUGCGCUUUUCGAUUUCAAUUGCCCGAGCGGAUCUGCGUGAGGUACUGCUGGAGGUUUCGGUGCCGCUGGUGGAGUUUUACCGUGAACUGCGCCCGAACAGCUCCUCGCUACCGAAGCGGCCCGAAAUUAACAUCAGCUUCGAGCAAAGUUGCAACGCGUUGCGUGGCACGAGCGGUAAACGGUUUUCGCCUCCCCGUACGAAAAUUCACAUCAUGAUGGCUCCGUUCCUGACGGAGUUCGACAUUACCAUCCUGGAUCGAUUGAGCGCGCUGCUCUAUCAGUCACCGUUCUCGUCCUACUACCACAAUGCGGGAGGCUCUUCCCCGGCUGUCCCAUCGCCAAGCAGUCCGGGGACUGCCAGUGGUCGCGCUUCCAAGCUCGAGGCUAAAACCGAUCUGCAGCUUGAGUCGCUGUCGGUCGACUUCCGGUUGCGGUUCCCCAUACCGGACCUACGGCCGAUCCACGAUCCGCAACGGGUGCCCUGGUGGCGGCGCAACGUGCGGCCCGACUUUCUUCUGCUGAAGCUGGAAAUGGUGCGCACGGGCAUUGCUUUGAGUCCGCAUCCUGUGUACGAUAUUUCGGCGAACGAAAUUAAGCUGUUCUACUACGAGGCGGAACCGAAGGGCGCCGGCACUGGUUCUAGUGGUGGUGUAAAUAUAGGCAAAACUGUGAUGCAAGAGAAUGCCGCACCCGGGCAGGUCCCGGCGGUCGAGUACCCGCGAAUAAUAAUCGAAAUCCCUAGCGAGGCCGCAUUGCAAAAAGCGCUGGAAGAGCCGGUGCAAUGCGCCCCGGAUAAGAGUCCCAAGUGUAGUUCGACUACGAAACCGCACGCAUCGAAAGCAGCGGGCGGCACGGGACACUAUCGCAGCUACGAAGAGAGUGACAGUGAUCCAACGUCGGGCGAGAGUAUCGGCGUCACUACCGGCCGGUGCAAGGAGGAUACGCCGUUCAGCGCGAAGCGCGUGUGCCGGGAGAGCGAUACUCCCCAUUCGAAGACAUCCACCUCGGGAGUUUCGGACACUCCGGAGACGCUCACGCUGCCCGGGGACACGGACGAAAUGAACACGUUCUGUACGUGCGCGAUGAAACGUUCGAAAUUGCAGAUUCGCCUGGAUCUUCCCGUUGUUAGUCUGCAGUUGAAGUCGAAACAUCUGUACGAAGUGAUCUACAAUCGCAUCAGCACGGAUCUGCUACUCUGGGAACCUAGUGCUCCAUCGGCAACGGCUGCGGCGGAGGCACAGCUGAACGCACAGAGCACUGCUCGUGUUUCAUUCCGCGAACCAGAGAUCAAUCUCACUGGCAUGGGCAUGAUGGACUCGAUCUACAUGCCCUACACAAUGUGCCAAAGUGGAAUCCAACUAGAUUCCAGCUCGUCGGCCACAAAUUCUGAAUCGGAAUCCGACUCCGAUGGUAUUUUCUACUCGGUGUAUGAUCGCACGCGCAGCUCCAACCUCGAUGGCGGCGAAACUGGGCGCAAAUCGUCCUCCCACUCACACCGCAGCUCCUCCCAUGGCGGCAAGCUUGCACCGUCGGCCGGCGGUGGUGCCGAUCGUAAUGCCAACACCGUCGCAUUCCGGCUAAACAUUGGGCAGGGUGUGUUGACGAUGUUUGCACCCGUACGCGACGCCCAGAAACACGUCAUUCCCGGCCAGUUCGGGGAGUUUGUGAUUCGAUUGAGCUCGGGCUACGUGUUCUCUGUGAGCGGGUUCCAUGGCAACGCCAAUCUCGGCUACCUGUGCAUCCAGGCCAAGUCGGCCGAAUUCUAUCACUGCGGGCUGAUUCCGACACCGUCCAACAAUCCGCCAUUGCGCUUGAUCAACAGUGUGCUGCCGUCGUAUUUGCUGAGCACCCUGUACCCAACGCCGAAGAAUCUAACCCUCCACGAGCAGCGUGGAUGUGCGAACCGGGAAAUGAUUUCGCUCGCCAUUCAGAUCAAGUCCGUGCCCGAUUUGGCGAUCAAGCGCAUUCGGAUGGCGGCUGGCAUACAGCUGACCACGCUGCGGCACCAUUCCACGCUGCCGCAGCAUGCCUGGCUAACGCAGCUGCUCGAUAUGCUCGACGUCGUGGACUAUCCGGUGCAGGGCUACGUGCCGCUCGGUGUGGUCACCGAGAUGCAUCUGCACCUGUGGGACUGCGCGAUCGACUAUCGGCCACUGUACUUCCCGUACCGGGCCGUCAUAACGGUUGGUUCGUUCAUGAUCAGCAGCAACAUUACUACGACCAGCAGUGGACUAACGCUGAACUUUAUCGCCGAGGACGUUACGCUCAGUCUAGCGCCGCAACAAACAGCUGCGGCGGCAUCGUCCGGUGGAAAGGAAUCGUCCGGCAGUAGCCAUCAGGUGGCGCAAAACAGUAGCAAAAUCACCGUCCUACCAUCGAACGAGCUGGUGUGCGUGGUCGAGGUUGGGCUGUUCGAGAUUUCACUCAUGCUAAACGAACGAGUGACGGUAAAAUUCCCCAAGUUUGAUUUGCGCACUGCCAUCAACGAUGUGCACGUGCGCACGUGCGCAGACUCUGCCCGUGCGUUGGCCCAGCUGAUUGGGUACCUGGCGGCGGAAGGAGAUCUGCUGCUGCCGGACGGCGACAUGGAUGCGGAAGUUCCGGUGGGCGGUUCGAUGGGUGGAAGCUCGGAAGCAGCUGCGCUCGGUGCCGGUGGAUCGUUUGAAAAGCAGAAGGAUAUUGGCGGUCUGCAAGGGCUUCCGAUGGGUGGCGAACCGGAGGGCGAGUUGCUGCCGGUACGUCCGCCCUCGAGCGCCUCCGUCGUCACGCCGAAGCAGCAACAGCACGUCAAUACGCUGAUGGCCGAUGCGAUGGAGGAAAGCUUGUACAUUGAAAGCACGUCGAGUGGCGACGGAGCAGGGGACGAUGCAUUGCUCGGUGGCGGUCGUGGUGGCGGUGCAGGAGUAGAGAUGUUCUUCUUCCCCGACGAACGGGAGCGGCUACUCAAGGAAGGGAAGGAAUCGACCGUCUCGGACAGUAACAGCAACAAGCGACGCUUCGGUUCGGACGAUGAUUCGUUGAGCAUCGAUGAUGGUUCGAGUAUACCGUCGUCCUACCAUGACGACGAUCACUAUCUGCGCCAGCAUGACCGGCAGCAGCAGCAGCAUUCGAAUCCUUCCAGAGCGGAUGUGGAUGAUGAUAAUGCAAGUGUGAAUAUGCGCGAGCUGAUGAACUUCGAGCGAUCGGUGCUUGGUCAGCCACCUAUCAAUUAUGGCUUGGGAGACGAUGAUGAUGACGAUACGGGCGUGGAGGCGCUGCCGCAGGUGACGAAGGAGCUCGGCGACGUUAACAAACUCAAUCAACAGCGCGCCGAGUCUGCCGGGGGCAGUGGCGUGUCUCAUUUCCCCCAGCGCAAAAUCAGCUCGGACACUGACGAUGAUUUUUGCAUCAUUGCCGACGAGGAGCGACCGCAUCGGGACGAUUCACACAACCAAGAGGUACCGGUGUCGGAAGACCCGAUCCGCAUCGUGGACAACCAUUUCAGCAUACCGAGCGGCAAGCCGGAUCUGCUGAAAGCGCCCGAAGAUUUCCCGAGUGCGGUCGAACGCUACACCAUUUGCGAGAUGACCGUCACCUGGCACAUUUACGGUGGUCGAGAUUUCCUCAACAAAGAGGACCGACGGCGCAAGGCGAAGCAACCGUCAGCGGCGGUGGGCGGAACUGGCAGGGCGGAAAAACAGACAACCAUGGCCGCGGGCGGUGGUACCGUCCAUCUGCCCACUGCCCUGCCGAUGUCCGAGGCGUACAAAUCGGGCGUCAGCUACUCGAAGGGUUCACCGUCGGUCAGCUUCGUCGGGCCAGCCAGUGCCGCUUUGGCGAAGCUAACCUGGAAAACGCGCGGUGGCCCCGACCGUAAGCACGACGUGACGAUGGAAAUCCAUAUCAGCAAGGUACAGUUUUCGCACGAAACGUACCCAUCCAGCACGAAAGAAGCGUCCCGACAGGUGCUGCUGAUCAACGAGCUGGAGAUCGUGGACGGGCUGGCCGUGUCGAACAUCAAGAAGUUCCUGUACCACCCGAAGCUGCCGAGCCGCCCAACGAGCAAGCAGAGCACGAACCACAUGGUGGUCAUAAAGGCGCUCCACAUGCGCCCGAAUCCGGCUCUGCCGGCGCAGGAAUGCUGCCUGCGUGUGUCGGUACUGCCCAUACGGCUGAACAUCGACCAGGACUCGUUGCUGUUUUUGAUCACCUUCUUCAACCAGCUCGGUGGCGGGGGCGACAUCCACGAUGCGACCGUACCCGCCGGCCCAGCAGCGGCGGUGGGACGUUCUUCGCAGCAAACCACGCCCGCCCACCAGCCGCCGGUGAUGACGGUCGAAUCCGUCCCCGAUGCGGUCCAGGAGCUGCAGGCGAAGAAGAUGGUGUCGGAGAACCUGAUGCUGCUGAUCGAGGAGGAAGAAAAGCACAAGGACACGCAGGAAAGCAGCGCGUACAGUGAGGCCGGCGAUUCGGCACCGAUUUACUUCCGCAAUGUCAUCUUCAGCCCGGACGUGCCGAUCCGCAUCGACUACCACGGCAAGCGGAUGGAGCUGUCGCACGGCUCGCUGGCGGGGCUGCUGAUGGGCCUCGGCCAGCUGCAAUGUUCGGAGAUACGGCUGAAGAAAAUCUCCUACCGCCACGGUUUGCUGGGAGUGGACCGGUUGCUAAACUUCCUGCUGCAGGAGUGGCUGCAGGACAUUAAGAAGCAUCAGCUGCCGAAGAUUAUCGGUGGCUUUGGGCCGAUGUACUCGUUGGUGCAGCUGUUUCAAGGUAUUUGGGAUUUGUUCUGGCUGCCGAUCGAGCAGUAUCAGAAGGAUGGCCGAAUCGUGCGAGGAUUGCAACGCGGGGCACAAAGUUUCACGGCCCGCACCGCACUGGCAGCGUUGGAGAUUACCACCCGCAUCAUACAUUUACUGCAGAUAACGGCGGAAACGGCAUACGACAUGAUUUCGCCCGGACCAUCGAUCCGUCGCGGUAGAGGCAACCGCAAGGGCAAGCGGAAGCGUCUGCACCCACCGCAGGAUAUUCGCGAAGGAAUGUCCAACGCCAUACAGAUAGUACGAGAGGGUAUUACGGAGACGGCACACAACCUGGUAGAGAUCACCGCUCUCGAGCACGAUCAGAAGGGUUACACCGGGGCCGUUGGGGCGGUGAUGCGCCAAAUACCGCCGAUCGUGGUGCAACCGAUCGUGUUGGCCACCCAAGCUACCAGCAACGUGCUCGGCGGUGUCAAGAACCAGCUCGUGCCGGAUGCGCGUGCCGAAGCGCGCGAAAAGUAUAAAGACGAUGUAGAGUAAUGCUGUGAAUGCUGUGUGCAUGUGGUUUAAACUGGAAUGCUGGCAGAGUGACCGAAGUUCGCUAUCGAAGCGAAUCUAUUUUUUUUUUGUAUGUGUAUGUGCGUGUGUUUUUUUCUAUAGUCUAAACAAAGCAGAAUGUGUUCCAUAGAGAGUGAGCGCGAUCCGACGAUCGUCUAUAUUUUUAUUUCGGUCCUUUAACUCUUAGUACGUGUGUCUUGUUCAACAUGUCAACAUUCUCUCUCUUUCUCUGUCUCUGAUAAAUAGGGUGGCAAGAGCCCUAAACUCUAAGCUAAGGUAGCUGUAUAAAUAAGAAUCUUCCAGGAUUCACAAUAUUUUUGUCACUUUUUCGUGUACUCGACGAAACGAAACUUAAACUAACCCCAUAAGAACUAAGUGAUGUUAAAACGAGGAUAAGAAAGUCGGCAAAGUAAAAAAACAACUAUUAAAGUGGAAACAAGAAGAUCCAUAAAGUUUAAGAUGUAAACAGAA